AUGCUGGGGGAGCCAUGCACCGGCCAGAAGGCCCAGGCGGCGGGCCGGCAGUCUGGCGCCUCGGCCAUGCAGGCUGUGCAGGCGGGGGGGUCCUUUGGCGCACACCGGGAGCAGCAGCAGCGCCUCAAGGCCCACCGCAAGAAGCGCGGCCACGUGUCGGCGGGCCAUGGCCGCAUCGGCAAGCACAGGAAGCACCCGGGCGGCCGCGGUAACGCCGGUGGCCAGCACCACCACAGGAUCAUGUUUGACAAGUACCAUCCCGGUUACUUCGGCAAGGUGGGCAUGCGGUACUUCAACUACAAGAAGAACAAGUACCACUGCCCCAUCAUCAACCUGGAUAAGGUGUGGACGCUGGUGGGCGAGGAGGCUCGCGUGGCUGCUGCCAAGGACACCGCCACCGCCCCCGUCAUCGACAUCACCAAGCACGGCUACUUCAAGCUGCUGGGCAAGGGCCAGCUGCCGCAGCAGCCCGUGGUGGUGCGCGCCAAGUUUGUGAGCAAGCUGGCGGAGAAGAAGAUCAAGGAGGUCGGCGGCGCGGUGCAGCUGGUGGCGUGA